ACGAACUCUGCUCAGAGCUUACGCUUGUGUCGAUUUUGAAUCAUGAAGGGUGUAUUUUUGGCUUUAUUCUGCGGCAUCGCGCUGACUUGUGUCUGCGUAGAUGCUAUCGAGAACUUCCUAGAAAAUCCUCUGUACCAAUGCAUACGGUGUUUAUGCCAUGCUCGAUCUGGUUGUUGGAUAAGACAGAAUUGUGCGAGGUAUUCUAUUUCCAGAAAUUAUUGGCAAGAAGCGGGCGCACUCACCGUUAACAAUUGGAGCAAAGGUGGAGACGAUUAUACGAGAUGCAUGAGGGAUGAAAAUUGCAUUGUUGGAACUAUUAUCCAAUAUACGCAGAAAUUUGGAAAACUGGACUGUAACUGCGACGGGAAAUUUGAUUGUAAAGAUAGAUUCGCUAUCCAUCUCUUUGGACCGAGUUGUGAAAAUCCCAAAUUUACUUCGACUUAUGCUAGAAGGUUCAACGAAUGUUCGGCGAGGAUAGGGGUGGCCACAAUGCUUACUGAAGAGGGUGAUAAUUGCGAGGCACCGCCUGUAGAAUAAUACCUAGUGUGUUUAUUAUAUAACAAUGUCCUUCUAAUACUUAUAACAUUACUUCUCUAAAUUUUAUAUUGUAUAUACCUACCUAAUAAAUCGUUUUAUUAAACA